CUCUAGCACUCUCCACACCAUUCGUUCCUCUCCUCCUCCCCUAUAAAAACCCUCACACUCAUCAGCAACCUUCUCUGUACUGCGACCAACGACAAACACCACAAGCUAAGUAAGGAGUAAGUAGCUUUGCAAGAUUCAGCACAAAUGGGAUCGUUGGGCCCUGCUGUUGUGGUGAGCGCGAGCGCGGCGAAGAUGGCCGGCGGCGGGCAGCAGCCGUCGACGGAGAGGAAGGAGACGUCGUCGGCGUUCGGCGGCGGGUGCUGCGGCGGCGGCUUCCAGAUGCCGCUGCACUACCCGCGGUACAAGAAGGCGGACUACGAGGCGAUGCCGGAGUGGCGCGUGGACUGCCUCCUCCGGGAGUACGGCCUCCCCGUCGACGGCGGCGUGGAGGAGAAGCGGAGGUUCGCCAUGGGCGCCUUCCUCUGGCCCGACCAGUACUGAAGCUUGCUGUGCUUCGCCUUGGAGAUAUUCAGAAGCCGAUCGAGCAGGGUACCAGUAACUGCAUGAUGCUAAUUUGAUUAGGAGCGCUCUAUAUAUAUUAAUUAAUCUAUUAUGUGUUUUUAUUAUGCUGAGCUCGUGUUAAUCUGUCAUCCGCAUAUAAUGGCGCCAUGGAAAUAUGGAAUGAUGAUGUUGUAAAUAUUUCCUACUACUACGUUCAUAAAGAUAUGGAAGAAUACAUUAUUUUGCUCUUAAAUUAA